AUGGAUGUGGAAAUUUCUUUGCCGGAUCGAAAUCCUGGCACGAAUACCCCAAAUUCAACUAAACAUAAUCCUCGAAUAAAAUUCUAUUGCAAUGAGAUACUUAACCGCACUCAGGGGUCUGGAGCGAUAUCAGUAUUGGAAUUUAACAAAGAAGGCACCCAUCUUGCCUACGGAAAUUCAGAUGGCAUUCUUAGUAUUCUUGAAUUGGGACAGAGCAGAUCUGAUAUAGGUUCUUCCACACAUGCUUGCUCUAAACCUUACCAGUCUUUCUUGAGCCAUGAGCCUGAAUUCGAUUGCCUCAAAUCUCAGUCUAUUGAGGAAAAGCUAACCUUUAUUCGCUGGCUGAACUGCUCUGGGCCUUCUCAUUUUCUUCUUUCUGCUAAUGAGCGUACUAUUAAGUUAUGGAGAGUUGCCGAGGUCCCUGUGCGAGAAAUGGACAACUUAAACUUUCCAAUUGAAUCUGGUUCUCGCAAAAAGGUGGCCAUUCGUUCCAAUUCUGAUAUUAAAGUUCCUCAAUGGAGAUCUCGAUCAUCAGAUAACAAACUAGUCCGGGUGUACAAUAAGAAAGUCUACGCUCGUGGCCACGGGUUCUCCCUCACUGGCCUUGCUCUUUUUCUAGAUCAACAAACUUUUCUUUCCUCUGAUCCACUACGCAUCAAUCUUUGGCACUAUGACGUAGAUUACGAGGCUUUCACUAUCGUUGAUCUAAUGCCUGAUCGGAUCGAGGACAUUUCGCAUCUCAUUACCGGUCUUACUACGUCACCUUCAUCUCCUUCUUUAUUUGCCUACAGCACGAAUCGCGGUUCAAUUCGCGUUUGUGACACUCGAAGCACUGCUUUAUGUGAUAAACCCGCAUUGGAAAUCAAUAAUUUGGCCGCAUCUGAACAGAAUGCGGUUGUUAUCCUCCUUAAUUCCAUAUCAGAUCUCAAAUUUUUCAACAACAGUGACCGAUUUAUUGCCACAAGAGACUUUAUGUCCGUAAAGAUUUGGGAUUUGGCCAAUACAUCAGCACCUGUUGAGGUCUACCCCGUUCAAUCCCACUUAAAACCAUAUAUGAACAGCAUAUAUGAGACAGAACUUCUUUUUGACGACUUCAAACUUUCUCUAUCAUCAGAUGAUAAGUAUAUAAUCACAGGAUCCUACCAGUCGGAGAUUCGCAUUGUAGAUAGGUCGAUGGGGCCCUCAGGAAUCUAUAAAAUUAAAAUGGAACCAGAUGAUUCACAUUUGUACUCAGGAUUUUAUGGCCAUUCUUCCGACCUAAUUACACCCGAAUCAGUCACUGCCCCUUGGCCGCGCCCCCUCAGUGUGGAUAUGUCCGCCUCGGUGGCCGAAUCUGGGGAUUCUUCGCCUGAUUCCACGACCGGAAUUAUGUCUAUUUCUUCACUCUUUUCUCCAGUAUCUGUAAAGAAGUGGAUUAGUGUUUCUUGGUGUCCGAAAUCUCUCGUGGUUGCUUCCUGCCAUGCUGAUGCUAUUCAUAUUAUUGAAGGUAUGGACGAUAACCCUUCUGGUUGUUUUUCUAGACCUGUUGAGAGUACGAAUAUUGAUGAAAGCGGUUGA